AUGAAGCACUGGCCAUUCAAGGUUCUAUGCGGUCCAGCUGACAAGCCCAUGAUUGAGGUCUCAUACAAGGAUGAGGAGCAGCAUUUAACUUCAUUACCGUCUUUAUUGGGUGGUUUGGUCUCUCUAACACAACUUCAUGUUGCAAACAACAAGCUGAUUAAUUUUCCACGUCUGGAAAUCUUGAAAGAUAAGCUCAGUUCUUGGUGCAGGUUGAUCUCAAAUCUCUUGGUAGACUUGCCUGACACAGUUGGGAGUUUAUGGAAUCUUGAGGCUCUGCAUCUGAGUAAUAAUAGCCUCAAAUCCCUUCCUACGAUGCUAUUCAAACUGUGCACCCAGCUCUCGACUCUUGAUCUUCAUAAUACAGAAAUCACAAUUGAUAUUCUCAAUCAGUUUGAAGGGUGGGAAAGUUUUGAUGAGCGUCAUAGAUCAAAGCAUCAGAAGCAACUGGAUUUUAGAGUUGGAAGUUCUGGUGUGUUUGAUGAAUGUGCUGAUAAAGAUUAA